AUGGCACGAUACCCAAGGAGUCGCGCCGCGACACUUCUAAGACAAGAUGAGCAGCCUCCACCGAAGCUCUUCCAACCAGGUUUCCCUCUCCUCCUUAAGCACAACAACUCCUCCACCUCUGGCCGAAGUUCUCCUCGAAUUUCUACUGAUCCGCCUAUUCCACCAGAUCCACCGUCUCUCUCUUGUGGAAUCAUUCUCGAUUUACCUUUGCAUUGUUGUACCCCUGCUCUUGCCAUUUUGGGCAUGUUGUUACUUAGCUCGUUAAUGUAA